AUGAAUGGUAUAUGUGUGCAAAGUUUUGAGCAUUUAGCAACAACGAAUGAUCUCGAAACAUUGAUUGUACCACCAUUCAAAUUAAAACCAAUAAAAUUUGAUGCAAAAGAAAAGAUAAACAAUCAGCCAACGAAUACGACUGAAUUUCAAACGUUGAAGAUGGCAAAAUCUGAUGAACAAUCUGAAUCUGAGGAACUGGAAGAAACCGAAACUGAAGAAUUAAGUGAGACAGUGGCAGAAGCAACAGAUGUGACAGCAUCGCAGAUACCAAAUGAGGAAAUAACUGAAGUAAUGAAUGUGACAGAAUUUGAGACAAUUAUUGAAACAGGAACUGUAUCUGAUUAUCACACAUCAAAUAUGGAAACAGAUUCUUGGACUUUAGAAAAAUGUGACAGUAGUGCAGAUUGCAAAAAAUCACAAAUUUGCCAGGAUGGACUCUGCCAUAAUUCUCAUUCUUAUACAAAACUCUGUGACAGUCUAUGGUGGCAAUUUAGGCAGAAGUGUUAUCUCCCGAUUCACGGUCGUUUCACUCAUUCUGAAGGAUCUGAUUAUUGCGCAAAAUUUGGUGCUCAUUUGGUUACAAUUAGAGAUACUCAACAAGCAAAUUAUGUGAAUUAUAUCUAUGAUAUAGGUGGUAGUGGUACAUAUUGGAUUGGUUUAAUUAAAGAUAUUAAUGGUACUUUGAAAUGGCAAAGUGAUGAAUCUAUGAUUUACACCAACUGGAGUGAAGGAGAACCGGAACCACGGAUAGGUUGUGUGAUUAUCAAUACGGUAAUACAUAAUGGAAAAUGGUCAAUAACUGACUGCUCUGACUUACAGUAUCCAGAUCAAGGAUUUGUUUGUGAGAUGGAUAUUCGUAAUAAUUAG